AUGGGAAGCAAGCUCAAAACGACACCAUCAUCAGUUUCUUCUCAUAGGAGUUCCAGUAACAAAGUUGCUAAACAACCUGUAAUCACGCCGGUAGUAGCUGAUUUGUUUGGGUCUAAUUUGAGGGACCUUGAGAUGGAGAGAAGGGAUCCGAGGACUGUUGUUGCAGUUUUUUUUUUUAUUAGUGAGGAGGAGCUGGUACUCGCCUCUUCCCUCUCACUAAACGCCGUGCCAAACCUGCUGUCCCGAUCGGAGGUGCAUAUCGGCUGUAUCAACAGCGGGAUCAACAAGGUCUACAUUCUCACUCAGUACAACUCAGCUUUGCUAAACAGGCAUCUUGGACGAGCUUACAACUUUGGUAGUGGAACCAACUUUGGAGAUGGCUACGUCGAGGCUCUGGCUGCAACUCAAACACCAGGGGAGACAGGAAAGAAGUGGUUUCAAGGCACUGCAGAUGCUGUUCGGCAGUUCCAUUGGUUGUUCGAGGACGCACGGAGUAAGGAGAUUGAGGAUGUGCUCAUACUGUCAGUGUUAGGAGAUCAUCUGUGUCGUAUGGACUACAUGGACUUUGUUCAGGCCUACCUGUUCAAUGAUUACUGGGAAGACAUUGGAACUGUUAGAUCAUUCUUCGAGGCAAAUCUCGCUCUUACAGAGCAUCCACCAAGGUUUAGUUUCUAUGAUGCUGCCAAACCCAUUUACACAUCAAGGAGAAACCUGCCACCGAGCAAGAUCGACAGCAGCAAGAUCGUCGAUUCAAUCAUCUCCCAUGGAAGCUUCUUGACAGACUGCCACAUUGAACACAGUGUUGUCGGCAUCCGAUCUCGAAUCAAUGCUAAUGUCCAUCUAAAGGUUGUGUCUUUCAAAUUUUGUGAAGUAGCUUCACUAGUAGCAGAAGGAAGAGUCCCUGUUGGGAUAGGAGAAAACACAAAAAUCAGAGAAUGCAUUAUUAACAAAAAUGCCCGGAUCGGGAAGAAUGUUACCAUUGCUAACUCGGAGGGAAUACAAGAGGCUGACAGAGCUUCUGAAGGCUUCUACAUUCGAUCUGGGGUUACAGUUAUAUUUAAAAACGCAGUCAUAGAAGAUGGAUUUGUAAUAUAA